AUGAACUAACCCUCAGACUCGCGCCAUCUGCUCGUGAGCAAUUUCCUUGAUUCCUUUCAAAUCCUCUGCGAGAUCCCUGCCGAAUCGCACGUGCCGGCCACUACCAGCUUCGAAGCUGCACAGCAUAACUACCCCACCUUGAGCAAUCACCAACGCGGGGUUAGAGUGAACCACUAUGGCGUUGCCCAAGAGAAUCGUGAAGGAGACCGAGCGUCUGAUGGCCGAACCCGUCCCCGGGAUCAACGCAGUGCCUCAUGAAGAAAACUUGCGAUAUUUCGAUGUCUCGAUCCAUGGACCGGCGCAAUCUCCGUAUGAGGGUGGCAUCUUCCGUCUUGAACUGUUCUUGCCCGAAGACUACCCCAUGACUCCCCCCAAGAUCCGAUUCUUGACCAAGAUCUACCACCCCAACAUCGACCGUCUUGGACGAAUUUGCCUGGAUGUCCUGAAGAACAACUGGUCCCCCGCUCUCCAAAUCCGCACAAUCCUCCUCUCCAUCCAGGCCCUGCUGGGUGCUCCCAACCCCGACGACCCGCUUGCCAAUGACGUUGCUCAGCGCUGGAAGGAGGACGAGCCGGCUGCGAUCCAGACGGCGAAGGAGUGGACCAGGACACACGCGAUGACUUAGAUCUGGGACUAGCGAAAUUGCCAAACCAUCCUUUAUAUUGACGGAAAAUUGAGCGACCGCGUUUAUGAUGUGACCAUGAAGCGAGCGGGAUAUCAGAAACAAGAAAGAGCACAAUUACUGCGACCCUUUGGCUGGCCUUUCCGGCUUCUUUACUUGGAUCAAUCCAUUUUAUUUUGAGAUCCUCAUUGUUUUCAUAGCCGAGAAACAGGGCACCCUUUCCUUCCUGUUACUUGUGUCUUCUCCAUCGAACUAUAUCAAGACUCGACUUUGGUCGUUUUUCUACUUGACGUUCUGCGUGUCAUUGAUACUUGUGCUUGCGAAGGCGUGCUUUAGGUUUUGAAACCGGUCUCUUUUGUCAUGUGGAAUAGCGAUGCCGAUUACUUAUGAUAGAGCGAUUAAGUUGGGAUAGAACUUUUAUUACCUAU